GCGCGCUGCCGGGUCUGGCUCCGGGCCGCUCUGGUUGCGGUGCCGGUACCGGAGCGGAGCGGGCCGGGUCAUGGCGCUGCUGCUGGAGCACGAGUUCAAGCCGCUGCCGGCAGACAAGCAGAUCGAGACGCUGCCCUUCCUGGAAGCCGUGGCCCAUCUGCCGCCCUUCUUCGAUUGCCUGGGGACUCCCAUCGUCUACUCACCAGUCAAAGCAGACCUGACUGGGAAUAUCAAGAAAAUCCGUGCUGUUUAUGACUCCAACCCCACCAAGUUCAAAACGCUGCAGAACAUCCUGGAGGUGGAGAAGGAGGUGCAUGGCUCGGCCUGGCCCAAGACAGGAGCCACGCUGGCUCUGAUGUGGUUGAAAAGGGGUCUGAAGUUCAUGCUGGUGUUGCUGCAGAGCAUCUCGGAUGGGGAGAGGGAUGAGGAGCAUCCCAACCUCAUCCGGGUCAACGCCAUCAAGGCCUACGAGAUCUCCCUGAAGAAAUACCAUGGCUGGAUGCUGCAGAAGCUCUUCACGGGCUCGGUCUAUGCUCUUCCCUACAAAUCAGAUUUGCUGAAGGCCUUAGAGAAGGGGAAAGAAGUCAAAGAGGAGGAGAGCAUCGAGAAAAUCCAUCAGUUUCUCGCACGGGCCACCCCCAUCCUGGAUGCCAUUUAUGAGAUGUACACCAGGAUGAAUGCUGAGCUGAGCUACAAAGCCUAAAGCUUGAGAGAAAGGGUGACAAGUGCUGCUGGUGUCUUCAUCACCAAGUCUGGGCUGGAUCUGCCGUGGAUAACCUGUUUUCUUAAAAAAAAAAAUACACCUCUACUAGGGUUUUUAUGGAGAAUAUGGCAAUAAACCAAUUAUACCCCACCUCACCUUAGGAUUGCCCAAGUACUAAAGAGGAAAAACGAGUGUUUCCAGUCCUAACCACGUGGCAUGAAGUGAGGCUGAUGGCUCUGUGGGACUCCAGGACCUCCCCUGCUCCUGGUCCUCCUUCCCCCGGGUGAGCAACCCCCCCCAAAUGAUGCUAUUUGAGCAUUGAGGACACAGUGACUUUGACCCCAACUCCCUCAGCGUGGGACCCAGACCCCUCAGCCAGGGAGGGGGGGCUGGAGCUGGGGGUCUGUCCCGACAUGGUGGUCGUGGAAACCUUUGCCUUAUCAACCACUGCCUUAUCAACGGUGCUGCCGAGCCCCGCGCUGGCGGGGUGGGGAAGCAGGAGUUAAUAAAACCUGACGGUAA